UAUAGUCUGACAGCAGUCACUGUGCAUGUAAUUACAGGUUAGAUGCAUCUAGUUAUCUGUGGCUUUGUGUUACAGUGUCGAGACUUUCUGUAGAUCUAUACAGCCUUCUUAGAAAUUGUUUUAAAAUCUGUGUUGCUGUUUUUUGUUUUGUUUGGAUGCUAAAAAGUAUAGAAAAGGUUACCCAUCUAUCCUUACCUCUACUGCAAAGGUUAUCCAGCUUUACCUACCCAUCCUACAAAGGUUAUUCCUCCUACCCGUUGUACCUGCCCCUGCCAAGUUAGAUGUGAAUUCUGCUUCUAGUCCUUUACGUGCUGAACCCACAUCCUGAUGUAUUUAAGGCCGGAGCCUGAUUUGGGCUGGCUUCCCACCCAUGUCCAGGUGACCAUACUACAGGCCAGGGGUCUGAGGGCCAAGGGCAAGCAUGGUACGAGCGAUGCCUACACUCUGAUACAGAUAACCAAAGAAAAAUAUAGCACCUCGGUGGUGGAGAAGAGCACUGGCUCUCCAGAAUGGAAAGAGGAAUGUACUUUCGAAUUGGCCCCUGGGGCCCUGGAACGAGGGGAAAGCUGCGAGCUUCAGUUGACCGUCAUGCACCGUGCUCUCAUUGGAAUGGACCAGUUUCUGGGCCAAGUCUGCAUCCCCCUGCAGGAGGUCUACAAGCAGGGGCGCUCCCUGCGGAACCAAUGGUACAAGCUCCGUUCAAAGCCUGGGAAGAAGGAGAAGGAGAGGGGUGAGAUCGAAGUCUCUAUCCAGUUCACGAGAAACAACUUAACUGCCAGUAUGUUUGAUCUCUCUGUCAAGGACAAACCCAAGACACCAUUUGGGAAGCUUAAGGACAAGAUGAAAGUCAAGAAACUCUUUGACAUGGAGUCCUCUUCCGCCAUCGUUUCAAGCAGCGUGGGCCGUCUUGAUAGUGACGAUGAGGAUGAACGAAAGCCAAAGUCCAAGGCGGCCUUUUUCUUGAAGGGACGUUUGCGCAAAAGCUCCCUCACCAAAUCCAACACUUCUCUGGGCUCUGACAGCUCCAUCUCAAAUGCAAGUGGCACAGUGCCCACCAGUUCUGGCAUCUCCAUUGUUCUACCUGAUGCUGGCAAGAAACCAGCAGCCAGGAACAGCAGUCUGUCCACAGAAGCCACUGGUAAGGACAAUGAUGCUUCUCCAAGAAUGACUCAUAAGAGGGCCUUCAGUGACGAGGUGAGCCAGUUAACCAUCCGUACUGAACCAAAAAUUGUACAGGAUCUUAAGCCAAAGGGAAGUCCUAUCUCUAAGUCUUCUCUCUGCAUCAAUGGGAGCCAUGUGUACACUGAAGUACCCCUUCCAAAGCCUUCGCCAAGUCCACUAGAGAAAUUUGCACCUGCAUCCAAGUCAUUUCAGAACAUCGUAAAGAAAACAGAAGAUCCUACUGCCCAUGAAGGCCCUGGAGCAAAUUUGUCAGGGUCAGACAAACCGUCUCGAAAGCCAGAUGUGAAAACAAGUAUACCUACUACCAUAACCUUAGAAGAGGUAAAGACCCCUGCCAAAAUCGCUGUAGACCUUCCAAAAAAUGAGGAUGUCCGUUUGGAGUUUAAGCCCAUACAGAUUACCACACCGCUGGUGUUUUCAGAGAAUGUAUCUAGGAACAAAUCUCAAGAAAAUGUUGGAAAAGAGGAAAAGAAACCAAAGGUAAAUCUCUUCCACCAUGGGCCUGGCAAGAAUGAACCUAGUGACAAGAGCCUAGCUGAACCGACAGCCCAGGUGUCGGUGAAUACAGAGGAAAAAAGCAAGGCUGGUGGCUGGUUUGGUUCCAAAGACCACAAAGAUGCCGUACAGAAACCAAGUUUCCCUUCUGGGUCUAUUGCUGCUUCAGAAGCUGCUGGAUGGGGGUCUUCUCUUGUGGAGGAACACAGUCUGCUGGCCUUUUCUCCAUCUGCAGAAGAUCAAAAGGUGCCUUCAAACCAAAGUGCUCAUGGGGAUGUCUUACUUGAAGCGCACAAACCCAAGUUUACUCCAAGCUCCACUUCUGAACCCAUCACCUCUGAGUGGGAGGAACAGUUCGAUGCCUUUGCUUCUAGCCGUCUUCAACCUGUUGCAGAUAAUCUGAGUCUGCUGGAAACUAAAAUACUGCAUUAUAAUGACUCUAUUAAUUCUCCCUUGCACUCUGGCUUUUCCAUUCAGGGAAUGGGCAUCCUUGCUGAUAAGUCUAAGACCUCUGAAGAAUCUGAACAUGGUGUCAAUAUCUUAUCUGGUAUAUAUAAAAGUAACCUUGGUGUGCAAGUAUUGGAGACACAUUGGCCAGGUAAUUUUUCACAGACUGGAGAACCGAAGAAUGAUGACAGUUCUCCUUUUCUCACAAGCGAUUACAAGCCACACAUUCCUGCAGUUGAGUCCACGAGAAUCAGGACAUCUGAUAAUAUAUUCAUACAUCAUCACAGUGAUGUCAAGUCUUUCUCCGAUAAACCAACUGAAGGAAUAGAGUCUAAUAAUACAUCUGGAUUAUGGCAUUUAGAUGAGAAUGUUUCUGUCACAGGAUUAUCUGAAUCUAACUUCACUCCUCAAAAACCCAUAUCCCACAGUACUUAUGCUAUUGAUAAAAAACUAGCUGUGGGUUCUGAAAUAAGGGAGGAUGACACAUUACAGAAAUCUGUAGAAAGUAUUCGCAAUAUAAACAGGAUAGCUGCAGUCUCUCCAUUCUUAUCUGGUGUCUGUGAUGUGGCCAGAGUACCAUAUUUCUCUAGUAGCACACUGCAGGAUCAUCAGUCUUCAAGCCAAAGCAGACUCUCUAAUAAUACCUCAGCAGAUACAAAUCAAGUAGUUGGACACAAUAGUGUGCACAUAUUGGAGACAUUGGAGUACCCCUUGGCAACUGCAGAGGGGGCUCAUAGUGAGCCAAUUUCCUAUAGGCUGGAUACAGGUUCUAAUGAAGAAAUCAUAACUAAUGAACAGGCUAUAGUGGGUGAUCGGAUUAAUGAUCCAGAAGCGAAGGUGCAGGUUUUAAGUGAACCUGUGGGGUUCAUGGUGCCACCUAAGCCUCCACGGCUGCUGUCACCAACACUUGAAUGGAAAGAGCCUAAUGGCGAUAAUUACAAACAAACAAGUAAUCAAGACGUGAGUGCAAAACAAACACAGAGCCCAGAGGAAAAAAUGCUAGAGCAAAACAAUGGGGUGGGCAAACAGACUGUCUCUCCAGUGGCAUGUUGUCCUGUAAUUGAAGUUAUAAGCCCAGUGCAGUCUAUUGGUGAGGACACCCAAUCCACCACUGAGGGCCUUUUGGCUAAUUUAAAAGAAGGAAAUAAUGAACUAACAAAGCUGGGUGCCACUAAUGGGGAACACCUGUUAGAUGUAAAUGAGUCAACAUUGGCUGAGCAAUUCCGGACUUGCCCUUCAAAAGUCUCACUAGACGUAUUAGACCUGUCUAGUGCUGAGAAAAGCUCAAAUAAAUUGGAUGUUUUGAAAUUUGGCCCAGGCACCAAGUUAAUUAACCAUGAGUCAUCUACAGCACUUACUAAUCUGGAUGACAGUAAGCUUGAGAGUGAGAAAUUCUCACAUCCACUGCCCGUGUCCAAAGAGGAAAAAGACCAUGUGAAAGAACUCUCAGGUUCUUCUCAUAAAGUUGACAAUUCUGGGCUCUUUUGGUCUGCUCUAGAGGAGCCGCUACAUUACGUAGCUGACCAUGGUAACGUCAUACAGAAUACAGAAGUUACACCGUGUGAUAAUGUAUUGCCAGAAUGUGAAGGUAUAACUAACAAAGACAAAAACUUUAAAAAUAUGAAGGAGUCCAAAUCCAAUAGCAAGCCACAACCUGACUUUGUAGAUCCUGUAUCGCAACUAAGCAGAACAGAAUUGAGAACAGAAAGCCAAUCUGGUCUUUCUUUGAGCCACUUGUCUAGCUGGUCAGCAGAUAUAGUUGUGGACUUUAAGAAUGAAGGUUUUUGGAAGUCAGAGUCCGACCUCUUAGAGGAUGCGGAUGAAAAAAGUGUACCUUCACCUGGCAAUCCAUUUACAUCUACUGAGAAAACUCCACCAAUCCUGAGCCACAAAAACCCUUUUAUUGAGCAUCUACAAAGUGAUCAAAGUACUGAAACUUCAUUGCAGGAAGAUUUGAGUUUCAAAGACCUUCAUGUGCAAGCAGCGUUUAAAGAUCUCCCACCCACUACCCUCCCUUCUAAAAUGAAAAUUCCCUCCUUGCAUGACCGCCAACCACUGGCCUUCUCUACUCCCUCCCUGGUUGCCACACAAAAUCCUAAGUUAUCCAACUUCCCUUCUCCAAUUAUAUCUCCUACAAUCUCUGGGGUCACCAGUGCGAAGAGUACUCAUGCAGCAGCUCUCGCCUGUUUCCAAUCUCCUCCUACCAGCUGUGUGGUGAAAACCAGCGCACUCUCUGUUCUGCCUCAGGAGACACUGCCGGCUGAAAAUCCAUUAAUGCCACCGAGAACCAGUCCUCAUCCUGUGAAGCCUAUAAGUGCCACGCUGUCUGGUGGCGACCAAGAGAAGAAGCCUAACAAACCAGCGCUGACCGCGGCUCUGAGCAGUGGUCUGGAAGUGCUGAAAUCUGUGGCUGGCGGACAGCCACAGGCACCGAAAAACCCUGACCUGGACAGAGUUAAGGAUAUCUGCUCUCCAGACAUGGCUGCCAAGUAUUACCACUUGACCCACGACGAGUUGAUCCACAUGCUGCUGCAGAAAGAGACUGAGCUUGGCAGAAAGGAGAAUCAUGUGCGUGAGCUUGAAGACUACAUUGACAAAUUGCUUGUGCGCAUCAUGGAUCAAGCACCAACACUGCUGCAGGUCCCACUGGAGACCAAAAUGGAGAAGAAAUAAAAAAAAAAAAACUCCUUGCUAUUAAAGUUUUAAAGCUAAUGGGGGUAUAACCUGUGAUGGUGUCAGAAACACCCAGCAUCCUUGGGUUUCCCCACCAUUUAAAUCAUAUAAAGUGUUCUGUUUAUCUAAAUAAAUCUUCCUAAGGUAGUAGGAAUGUUCUUGGUUUAUACAUGGAAACAGUUGGUUGUAUUUGUCUUAACGUGUUCUCUUGACCUUUUAUUUGGAAUUUUCCUAUUUUUUCCAGUGAGGACCUUGAACAUAAAUGAGACUGGACCUACUAACUGUGUGUGAUAUCUUUUUAAAUCUUUUCUAAAGGUCUCCACAUUUUUUUUGUCACCUGUCAAUUGAUUUAAGGUUGAGUAGUCUUAAGCAAUUCUUGCCACAGGGCGAGAGAACUUAUUACAAUAGUUUACAAGGCUCCCGUAUGGCCUGAAGGUAACAAACUUGGCCAUACACCUGAAAACUUAAAUGCUUUAUGUUCAUUGUUCUGUUGUCCCUCAGAGGAGCCCAUGUGUUUUCACGUUAUACCAUCUGCUUUCCAGUUAGUAGUGGUGAUUGUUUAGUGCUAAUGCACCAGACUCAGUAAUCCAAAGUUUUUGAAAAAUGUAUUUGAGUGUUCCCGCUACAUGACACAUCCCCUGCUGGAGGAGUGCUACUGUCCUAAAAUGCUCAUAAAGGGCAAGUAGACCAUUCCAAAGCAAUCCAUUUACCAGGAUCACUUGUAAGAUAUGAAUAAACCUGUAAAUUGAUGGUCAAAAAUGAAUUUGGUUGGGGAAAAUGGGUCUGGGUGUCCUUUUACGCUUGACAUUGACAUUUCUGUGGAUUAGAACGAAGCAGUCUUUAUGCACCCCUACCAUUCCAGUCGUUCUCUGUAUCUUCAUUGGAGUAGAACCGAGAAUCCCUGAAGUGCUAUGUGUGAAUGAGGACUGCUGUGAUAGCUGACCUAUAAUGGUUAUUGCUGUGGUUUACUUUGUGCCUCUCCCCGUGCGCAUUUAGUGAACAUUGGAGAAUGCAUUCCUAGUGAGUGGUUGUUUCUAAGCCAGCUUUAGGUGGGAAACUUGGUUUUAACAGAAUGUCAUUCUAUAGCGGGUCUACUAGACUGAGAGAUUGGGAAGAAAACUUUAGGUGGCGUGGAAAAUGGAUGUGUGUGUGUAUAUAUAUGCUCAGGUUUAGUCCCAAUAACCUCUGUAUCCAUGAAACAUGCUGGAUGCCAUGAGUUGACACAUGGCGGACAAAGUGCAAUAUGUCGGCCAGUUUAGAUCCUGGUUAACAUGACCCUGCAGUGGGAAAAACCUGAUGAAAUGCAUCCACGUAGGAAUCUUUGUGUAAUUUUGUUUUUAAUGGUUUGUCUCUCCAGACCUGCUGUGUCCUUGUUAUGCACUUCUUUCCAAAACUAUCCAUAACAGAAUUGCAUUGAACUUUUAGAGUUUCCAUAUUUCCAUAGAAACGCACAGUAUUUGCAGCAUGCUGCUAAAUGAUUUAAAGAAUGAAAUAAGCUUCAGUAUUGUAACACAGUCAAUGUGCCUUUUCCUAUUCUUCAUAGUGCGAACAUGAAAAACGUAUAGAAACAUGCAGUGCAUAUGCUUUCACUUCUGAGAUAUUUAUGUUUAUAAUAUAAGUAAUAUUUAAA